ACGAGUGGAUUCGCGUUGCGCUACAACGCAGCUUGUCGGAACUACACUUGCGGUGUCCUCAUCGGCUAGACAAAGAUAGAGUAGAGUUGUUGUUUAGGUCAAAAACAUUGGUGAAGCUUACACUAUCCGAUGGAUGCGUUAUCGAAGAUCUCCCUGAUGGACACGUGGACUUUACUGAUAAACCUUUUAUGGAUGAGAAAAUAAAUGAAGAUAGGUUUUUCCCAUCCCUCAAAUCGCUUUAUCUGGGCGAUAUCGUGAUUGAUGAACGCUAUUAUUUCAAGCUCAUCCUUAUGUGCCCUGUUCUGGAAGAAUUGUUUAUACGUAACGACGGCGUUUCACACCCGCCAAGUUGGAUUGGACGUGUGCCAAGUUAUCCUUUGAAGCGACUUGUGAUUGAUUACCUUGUUCGUGUUCCAGAGUAUAAACAUGUUUAUUCAGAAAUUGAAGUUCGCAUCGGUGGUCCAGAAAACCUAGUCUACUUUGAAUUUUCUAGUUACGUCCAUGCUUAUUAUGGUAGUUUUGGCGACAUGGAGUCGCUUGUCGAAGCUAGACUAGAUCUUCGAUUAUUGGAGUCAACUACCCGUUUUGAUGAUGAUACCGACACAGGUGAAUGGAAUGGAGUGAAUGGUUUUGAUGAUAUCUUUGGUAAUGCUACAAUCCUGAUUUGGAGAAUGGCCAGUUACGUAAAGAUCCUUCACUUGUCUCCUUAUUCUCUUGAGGCGCUUCAUUUCGGCUGCGAAUUCUUCUGCGAAUUCCACAACCUCGCUACUUUAUCAUUCGAGAGCGACAAGGAUAAAAGCUGGCAAGUUCUGCCACGUUUGCUCAGAAUUACCCCAAAGCUACAAAAUUUAGUCAUCAAGGGUCUCUUGCACCGAGUUACAGGUAGAUGUGGAGAUGUGUGCCCUUGCUAUCAUCGUCCCAUACAUAAGAGAGUGAUUGGUGGUCGAAAACCGAAAGUGUCUUGUUUACCGUCUCUUCCUCUGAAGGUGCUAGAGAUCUCAGGAUAUGGAGGAACUUGUAGAGAGAUUAAACAGAUGAGGCAUUUCUUGGGAAAACUGCAAUGCCUCCAACUUGUGAAAAUUGGUGUUCAGCCAGAGUCUGAUUGCAACAAGUUGAGAUCGAACCUAAUGAGACUUCCCAGACUCUCAUCCAACUGCAUCAUCCAGUUCAUCUGAAUUUCUGUCUCACUCUUGAUGAUGACAAGUUGAGAAAUAGCUCUCCUUACUAUGUUAUCUUAGGAUUUGAGUGGCAAUUAACUUUCCCAUAAAUCAGCUGUUUCGUGCACGUUUUAAAGGUUUUGCAGAACAAUUUGUUGGAAUCGAU